AUGCAGUCCUGUGCGAGCCUUCAUUUGCAUACAGGCUCUAUAAGUAGUGCGUAACCAAGCCGCUUGAAUGUAGUCCGGAUCGUUUUGCGUGUGUGGCGUUUCUUCCAGCAAAGAUGCCUGAUCCAGCGAAGUCAGCUCCUGCUCCCAAGAAGGGUUCUAAGAAAGCUGUCACGAAAGUGCAGAAGAAGGACGGCAAGAAGCGCAAGCGUAGUCGUAAGGAGAGUUAUUCCGUGUACGUGUAUAAGGUGUUGAAGCAGGUUCAUCCAGACACCGGCAUCUCGUCCAAGGCUAUGGGCAUCAUGAACUCGUUCGUCAACGACAUCUUCGAGCGCAUCGCCGGUGAGGCCUCCCGCCUGGCGCAUUACAACAAGCGCUCCACCAUCACGUCCCGGGAGAUCCAGACGGCUGUGCGCCUGCUGCUGCCCGGCGAGCUGGCCAAGCACGCCGUGUCCGAGGGCACCAAGGCCGUCACCAAGUAUACCAGCUCGAAGUAAGGGCGUGCAAAGGACGCAGUAGAACAGCUACUUUUACCCCAACGGCUCUUUUCAGAGCCACUUAAUUUGUCACAGAAAGCGGCUGUGAACACUAGUCCAAAUGUUAGGUUGGCUCUUGGGUUGGGAGGUUUCGUGGUCUCAAGUAUUUGGUCAUGGAUUUAUGUUAACGACCGCGAUCAAGCCUGCCCUGAUUGUUAAAACCUGGAAUUUCCUAUAGCGUGUCCCCCCUAGUGGCGAGAUUCUUGCUGGUAAAAAUUAGUCCUCAAAAUGGUCUCUCCUUAGUUCUAAAAUUGUCAGUGGAAACUGAGUUCCAGGUAACCAAGUAAACCAGCUAAGUACAGUGCUGGGGUGUUUUUUUUUUUUGGGGGGGGGGUACUGUUCUGCUUAACUCUUAGUCUAUAAGUCAACACGAAACUUAAGGUGAGCUGGUAUUUCUUAGCUACAGAUAGGAGCUCUCUGCCCCACUGUCUUCGUGUCCUAAUCUGUAACAAAUGUUUCCAACGAUUGUCCUAAACAGUCUCCAAUAAAGUCUGCUUUAGUCUGUUGGCCCACGUAGUUAU